GAUCCCCGGCCACACGCGCGCGCGCGCUCCCACAUCCACUCGCACACACACUCGCCCUCACACACGCACCAGCCCGGAGCCUGGGCUGCGGAGAGGGCUCUCGGGCGCGCUCAGAGGAUCGGGCAGCUACUGUCCGUUGUGGGGCAGGAAGCCGAGCUCAGGCUCUUGGAGGGAGGCGCCGAGGGCUUAGCCGGAGCAUGGCGUCGGGUGAGCGCUGAGAGUCGCGGCCGCAGCCAUCAGCCCUGGAGAUGACCAGGGGCGGCCACUGCUGAGAACUAUGUGGAGAGAGGCUGCGAGCCCUGAUGCAGAGCCUCCGGCUGGGAUAGCCGCCCCCCGUGGGGGCGAUGCGGACAGCGCGGGACAGCCAGUGGAGCGCGCGGGGGCCGCAGCAUGCGGGAACCCGCUAAACCCGGUGGCUGCUGAGGCGGCCGAGAUGCUCGUGCGUGCAGCGCGCCCCACUGCGUCCUCGACCUUCUCCGGCUACAGGGACCGUAAGUGGCGACUAUGGGCAGACUGGGUUAUUGGACCCUGCUGGUGCUGCCGGCCCUUCUGGUCUGGCGCGGUCCGGCGCAGGGCUCGGCGGCGGAGAAGGGUCCCCCGGCGCUGAACAUCGCAGUGCUGCUAGGUCACAGCCACGACGUGACGGAGCGUGAACUGCGAAACCUCUGGGGCCCCGAGCAGGCAGCCGAGCUGCCCCUGGACCUGAACGUGGUAGCACUGCUGAUGAACCGCACGGACCCGAAGAGCCUCAUCACGCACGUGUGUGACCUCAUGUCAGGGGCGCGCAUCCACGGCCUGGUGUUUGGGGACGAUACUGACCAGGAGGCCGUGGCCCAGAUGCUGGAUUUUAUCUCCUCACAGACUUUCAUCCCCAUCCUGGGCAUCCACGGGGGCGCAUCUAUGAUCAUGGCUGACAAGGAUCCAACGUCUACCUUCUUCCAGUUUGGAGCGUCCAUCCAGCAGCAAGCCACCGUCAUGCUGAAGAUCAUGCAGGAUUAUGACUGGCAUGUUUUCUCCCUGGUGACCACCAUCUUCCCUGGCUACAGGGACUUCAUCAGCUUCAUCAAGACCACGGUGGACAACAGCUUUGUGGGCUGGGACAUGCAGAACGUGAUCACACUGGACACGUCCUUCGAGGAUGCAAAGACACAAGUCCAGUUGAAGAAGAUCCACUCCUCUGUCAUCUUGCUCUACUGUUCCAAAGACGAGGCCGUCCUCAUCCUGAGUGAGGCCCGCUCCCUCGGCCUCACCGGGUACGAUUUCUUCUGGAUCGUCCCCAGCUUGGUCUCAGGGAAUACGGAGCUCAUCCCCAAAGAGUUUCCAUCGGGACUCAUUUCCGUCUCCUACGAUGACUGGGACUACAGCCUGGAGGCAAGGGUGAGGGACGGCCUGGGCGUCCUGAGCACCGCUGCAUCUUCCAUGGUGGACAAGUUCUCCUACAUCCCCGAGGCCAAGGCCAGCUGCUACGGGCAGAUGGAGAAGCCGGAGGCCCCACUGCACACGCUGCACCAAUUUAUGGUCAAUGUGACAUGGGAUGGCAAAGACUUGUCCUUCACUGAGGAAGGCUAUCAGGUGCACCCCAGGCUGGUGGUCAUCGUGCUGAACAAGGACCGCGAAUGGGAAAAGGUGGGCAAGUGGGAGAACCAGACCCUGAGCCUGAGGCACGCCGUGUGGCCCAGGUACAAGUCCUUUUCGGACUGUGAGCCAGACGACAACCAUCUGAGCAUCGUCACGCUGGAGGAGGCCCCCUUUGUCAUCGUGGAAGACAUAGACCCGCUGACUGAGACGUGUGUGAGGAACACUGUGCCGUGUCGGAAGUUCAUCAAAAUCAACAAUUCAACCAAUGAGGGCAUGAAUGUUAAAAAAUGCUGCAAGGGGUUCUGCAUCGAUAUCCUAAAGAAGCUUUCGAGAACAGUGAAGUUUACCUAUGACCUUUACCUGGUGACUAAUGGGAAGCAUGGCAAGAAAGUUAACAAUGUGUGGAAUGGAAUGAUUGGUGAGGUGGUGUAUCAACGGGCAGUCAUGGCAGUUGGCUCACUCACCAUCAACGAGGAACGUUCUGAAGUGGUGGACUUCUCUGUGCCCUUUGUGGAGACGGGAAUCAGUGUCAUGGUUUCAAGAAGCAAUGGCACUGUAUCACCUUCUGCUUUUCUAGAGCCCUUCAGCGCCUCCGUCUGGGUGAUGAUGUUUGUAAUGCUGCUCCUCGUCUCCGCCGUAGCUGUCUUCGUGUUUGAGUACUUCAGUCCUGUUGGAUACAGCAGGAACUUAGCCGAAGGGAAAGCACCCCAUGGGCCUUCUUUUACGAUUGGAAAAGCUAUAUGGCUCCUUUGGGGCCUGGUGUUUAACAACUCCGUGCCUGUCCAGAAUCCUAAAGGGACCACCAGCAAGAUCAUGGUGUCCGUGUGGGCCUUCUUUGCCGUCAUAUUCCUGGCCAGCUACACGGCCAAUCUGGCUGCUUUCAUGAUCCAGGAGGAGUUUGUGGACCAAGUGACUGGCCUCAGUGACAAAAAGUUUCAGAGACCUCACGACUAUUCCCCUCCCUUUCGAUUUGGCACGGUGCCCAACGGCAGUACGGAGAGAAACAUUCGGAACAACUACCCCUACAUGCAUCAGUACAUGACCAAAUUUAACCAGAAGGGAGUAGAGGACGCCUUGGUCAGCUUGAAAACAGGGAAACUGGACGCUUUCAUCUAUGAUGCUGCUGUCUUGAAUUACAAGGCUGGGAGGGAUGAAGGCUGCAAGCUGGUGACCAUCGGGAGUGGGUACAUCUUUGCCACCACUGGUUAUGGAAUUGCCCUCCAGAAAGGCUCCCCUUGGAAGAGGCAGAUUGACCUGGCCCUGCUCCAGUUUGUGGGUGAUGGGGAGAUGGAGGAGCUGGAGACCCUGUGGCUCACGGGGAUCUGCCACAACGAGAAGAACGAGGUGAUGAGCAGCCAGCUGGACGUCGACAACAUGGCGGGCGUGUUCUACAUGCUGGCGGCUGCCAUGGCCCUCAGCCUCAUCACCUUCAUCUGGGAACACCUCUUCUACUGGAAGCUGCGCUUCUGCUUCACGGGCGUGUGCUCCGACCGGCCGGGACUGCUCUUCUCCAUCAGCAGGGGCAUUUAUAGCUGCAUUCACGGGGUGCACAUUGAAGAAAAGAAGAAGUCUCCAGACUUCAAUCUGACCGGAUCCCAGAGCAACAUGUUAAAACUCCUUCGGUCAGCCAAAAACAUUUCCAACUUGUCCAACAUGAACUCCUCAAGAAUGGAUUCCCCCAAAAGAGCUGCUGACUUCAUUCAAAGAGGAUCCCUCAUCAUGGACAUGGUUUCAGAUAAGGGAAACUUGAUAUAUUCAGACAACAGGUCCUUUCAGGGGAAAGACAGCAUUUUUGGGGACAACAUGAACGAACUGCAAACCUUCGUGGCCAACAGGCACAAGGAUAACCUCAACAACUACGUGUUCCAGGGCCAGCACCCCCUGACUCUCAAUGAGUCUAACCCUAACACAGUGGAGGUGGCCGUGAGCACGGAACCCAAAGGGAACUCCAGGCCCCGGCAGCUUUGGAAGAAAUCCAUGGACUCUCUACGCCAAGACUCGCUGACCCAGAACCCAGUCUCCCAGAGGGAUGAGGGAACCGUGGAGAGCAGGAGCUACUCCCUAAAGAGUCCCAGGUACCUUCCAGAAGAGGUGGCCCACUCGGACAUCUCAGAAACUUCGAGCCGGGCCACGUGCCACCGGGAGCCUGACAACGGUAAGAACCACAAGGCCAAGGACAACUUCAAAAGGUCAGUGGCCUCCAAAUACCCCAAGGACUGCAGCGAGGUCGAGCGCUCCUACCUGAAGACCAAAGCGAGCUCCCCCAGGGACAAGAUCUACACCAUUGAUGGGGAGAAGGAGGCCACUUUCCACCUCGACCCUCCCCAGUUCGUCGAAAACAUGGCCCUUCCCGAGAACGUGGACUUCUCCAGUGUCUACCAGGACCACAGUGACAGUUUCCGCAAGGGGGACUCCACACUGCCCAUGAACAGGACCCCCCUGCACAAUGAAGAUGGGCUCCCCAACAAUGACCAGUACAAACUCUACUCCAAGCACUUCACCUUGAAAGACAAGAGUUCCCCGCACAGCGAGAGCAGCGACCGGUACCGGCAGAACUCCACGCACUGCAGGAGCUGCCUGUCGAACCUGCCCACCUAUUCAGGCCACUUCACCAUGAGGUCCCCCUUCAAAUGCGACGCCUGCCUGCGGAUGGGGCACCUCUAUGACAUCGACGAAGACCAGAUGCUUCAGGAGACAGGUAACCCAGCUUCCCAGGAGGAGGUGUACCAGCAGGGCUGGCCACGGAACAGUGCCCUCCAGUUCCAAAAGAACAAGCUGAGGAUUAGCCGGCAGCACUCCUACGAUAACAUCCUCGACAGUCCCAGGGAGGCGGACCUUAGCAGGCCCUCCCGGAGCAUAAGCCUCAAGGACAGGGAGCGGCUUCUGGAGGGAAACUUGUACGGGAGUCUCUUUAGUGUCCCCUCAAGCAAACUCUCGGGGAACAAAGGCUCCCUUUUCCCCCAGGGUCUGGAGGUCAGCAAACGGAGCCAGUCUCUCUUGCCAGACCACACCUCCGAUAACCCUUUCCUGCACUCCUACGGGGAUGACCAACGCUUAGUUAUUGGGAGGUGCCCCUCGGACCCUUAUAAACACUCGCUGCCAUCCCAGGCGGUGAAUGACAGCUAUCUCCGAUCGUCCUUGAGGUCGACGGCAUCAUACUGUUCCAGGGACAGUAGAGGCCACAGCGAUGUGUAUAUUUCGGAGCAUGUUAUGCCUUAUGCUGCAAAUAAGAAUAAAAUGUACUCUGCCCCCAGGGUUUUAAAUUCCUGCAGCAAUAGACGCGUGUACAAGAAAAUGCCUAGUAUUGAAUCCGAUGUUUAAAACCUUCCAUUAAUGUUUUAUCUAUAGGGAAACAUAGGUAAUGGCCAACGUUCCGGAGGAUAAAUGUUGGAUGUCCAGUAGUGCCCUGCAAAGAGGAAGAGGAUUUAGGAAGGUAUUUUUCUGUUGGUUCUUUUGCACAUGGCUCCAUGCCAUAGUCUUCCACUCAAGGAGUCUUGUGAGGUGUGUGCUGAGCACGGCAGAUACCAGAUAGGUGAGUCCUUAACCAAAAAUCAACCAAUAAAAGGGCAAGUCUCCUGGACAUGCCCGCUAGGUAUGUUGGCAAUAAUGACGCGUUGGAUGCCGAUGGUGAUGGGAUGAUUUCCUAUAUUCCAGAUUCCAUUAAGACCAGUCCACCAUGUAAUUUCCUCAUCAGAAAUGCCUAAUGGUUUCUCUAAUACAGAAUAAGCAAUAUGGUAUGCAUGUAAAUCUGACACAGACAAAACAAGAAUGCAUCUGCACUGUAGUGAGAUUGACAUGUGCAAGAGAUUAGGAAGUUUGGAUUUAUAACUGGUCCAGCUUUAUUGUUAUGCCUUCCAUCACAGCCCCGGCCCAACCCCAGAACUCCAGGCUCCCCCAAAGAGUAGCAAAUCAGUGUGUUUGUGGUCACUCUGCUAGCUUCACUGCAGUCCAUUUCCAAGACACAUCUGGAGUAAAAGGCCAGAUGGGCCCUCAGGCAGAGAGCUACAAGGAUCCCUUUGGAUGUCGAUUUGUGUAUUUCACAGACACUCUCUCACCCUUGGCUUCGAUGGUCUUGUUCAGAGCUGCAUAAACUCACAUUUGUAUCUUCAAUAUCGUGUAAGUGUGGAUCUUCUGUCUAUGACACAGCGGCCGUUGUAGUUUAUCCCGAAGACUCCUGUGUACGUAAGUUUGCAUUUCCCCCCUUCUGGUGAUGACUCAGGGUUGUAUAGUAUCUGUUACCCUUCCCCCGCAAGAGUAACCAUCACUCGUUCAGUCCCCGAAUCACCAUGGUGGCGUUUCAUUGUGUGUUGCUGUUCCCAGUGUGGUGAAUGUGGUGGCAUGUGCCAGCAGCCAUAUGUGUACUGUGGUCCUUAAGAAGUAAAA